AUAGACCCUCCCUCCCCCCACUCACUCAAUCUCAAUCCAAUCCCUUCUCUUCAUCUGUCAAAACUCGAACGAUAAUGGCACAAGUUAGCCUUUCCUUGCUACUGGUCUCAAUAAUCGUGUAUGCAGCCGGCACCGGCAGGGUCGAGUCCUCCAGUCCAACAGAUUUCAUCAAGGCCUCCUGUGGUGUGACUCGCUACCCCGCCGUCUGUGUGGAGAGUCUCUCCGUCUACGCCAACGCAAUCCAACAAAGCCCGCGCCAAUUGGCUCAAGCAGCCUUGCAGGUUAGCCUAGGCCGGGCCAGAUCGGCCACGGCAUUCGUGUCGAAGAUGACCAGGCUUCGUGGGUUGAAGGGCAGACAAUACCAAGCUGUGAAGGAUUGCGUUGACAACCUGGGUGACAGUGUGGACCGGAUCAGCCGAUCCAUUCAUGAGCUGGGACAGAUCAACCGAGGAGCCAGUCAGGACUUCAUGUGGCAUAUGAGCAACGUUCAGACUUGGGUUAGCGCUGCGCUCACCGACGAGAACACUUGUAUGGACGGCUUCGCUGGUCACGGCAUGGACGGACAUGUGAAGACGGCCAUUAGGGGGAAGAUCCUCAAUGUCGCCCAAGUUACUAGCAAUGCCUUGGCGUUGCUUAACAGAUUUGCCUCAGGGCACCAGGCUGCAGCCGUGCACAAGCCUUAGCUAUUAAUUAUUAGUAUGUUUCUUAGUUUCAAAGCUAUCUUGCUCCUGUUUCUGGUUUAGUUUUGCCUUCCUUUUGUGCUAAUGGCGCAAAAGAGUCUGAAAGUUAGUUGAUAUUUGUAAUUUGUAAAUGUAACAUGUAUAUGUAAAUCCUUAAUGGAGGUCUUUUAUAAUCUC